AUGGCCUGCAGUAUUGAAAAAUAUGAGGAAGAAGAGGUUGAAAUCAUUCCUAUGCCGUCUGAGGACAGCAUCUUGACAAUAGCCUUCGCAUUGAAGGAAGUUCUUGACAAGUACAGUGAACAUAUUUUGGAGGUCACCAUGGACUCCACCUGGAAAACAAACACUUUGGGCUAUGAACAAUUUGUGAUCAUCACAGAGGCAAAUGGACAAGCACUUCCAUUAGCAUUUGCCUUCACUGCUUCAACAGAUGGUACGGCAAUGCCAGGUGCCAAGGAACUAAUGCUUGUAGCACUUCUAGGACAUGUCGUGAAGCAAUGCCCAAACAUCAACUUCACGCUGAUGGAUAAAGACACUGAUGAGAUUUCUGCUGUCUGA